UUGAGGAAAUGGUAUUCUCAGCAAAAUCCCUUUUCAGGAUCGUGCUCAGAUGAGGCAUCGUUUUGCGAUCAGCUAUGCAUAACUCUUUCCCCGGACACUUACGAAUGUAGCUGUUGGAGUGAUUAUCUGUUGCUCUCGAAUGGAAUUAGCUGCAAAGUGAAAUCUGGACAAACAGAGUCAACGUCUACAAGCACGCAGCAUGCGACACCUCGUUUGAAAGGUGACCGAGUAGCUUGGGCUAAGGAAAAGGACACCGCUCCGCUCUCAUUCAGUGGCAGCAACUACGCCGAAUUUCCAGUGUCGGAGACAACGUACCUCGAAACUAACAUUACUAUAGAGUUCAGGACGUCUGAGAAACGCGAUGCCAUUCUCUUUUUUGCCGGUCAAUUCGACGGUAGCGACUACAUCUCGAUUGCGAUUAUUGGACCGAAUGUUAUCCUGAGACAUGACUGUGGAGAGGGGGCGAUUGAAGACAUGUACCGCGGGCCGCUUGCUCUCAACGAGUGGCAUUCAGCCACUGUAUGGCGGAAGUUCUGCGAUCGUACACAACUCAAAGUCGACUCUCGACCAUUGAUGGUCGAUCUUACUGAGCAGUUCAGAUUCUACAAGGGAAUUUCUAUGGAUGAAGGGGUAUUCAUUGGAGGUGCACCUUCGCAAAUCGAUGGCAUUGGGAGUAAAGUCGGGACUAGUAAUGGAUUCGUUGGUUGCAUCAGAAAACUUAUUGUCAAUAACGAUGUGCUUCUGGAUACCGAAAGUGAAGUGAACACGGCCGUGAAUUUGCAAGACUUAGAAUACUGCAAUCCGAUCACACAAACAGGGACUGCCUCUCAGCAGAGGAUCCGCGAAAUCGACUUAUCCACUGGCAAACUGUAUAAGCAUGGUACGGACUCGAACAACACAACCGCACCGUCGGAUGAUGUGCAACAACUGCAGCACGUCUUGAAAGCAGCCGAGUUUUCCGGUUCGUCCUACAUUGCCGUGCCUGCUCCGCCAGAUAUUGUGGACUAUCUGGACCUGCGCUUCUACUUCAAACCGAACACCCAUUCGGGUGUUAUUUUCUGCUGGCACGACUCGGAUCGGCAGUUGGUCGUGUUCGUUGAGCACGGAUUCGUCAAUGUGCUAGUAACAAUUGGAGGUGAAAUGGUUAUCUUACGGUCAGAGCUACCCGUAACUCUUCAUCAAUGGCAUCGAGCAGAAAUCUGGUGCACUGGCAAAGGAAUUCUUAUGAAGGUGGACCGUCAGUCGUGGGUUGAAUCGCAGCUGAUCUCAAUAGGUAGCCCAUUGAGCGAACCAGGAAUGCUUUACAUUGGUGGCUUCGAUGGUCGGCUUGCUCUUCACCUACCCGAUAUCGCUGGAUUUCAUGGAUGCGUGAAGAAGAUUCGUGUGAAUGGGCAUAGCAUACUGCUGCGAACGGGAAGCGAUCAGUCCAUCCGCGAAUGUGGAGCAGAUCCAUGUGCUUUUGCUGGAUGCCCCCAAACGUGCACAUCGAACAACGACGACUAUCUCUGUUUGUGUGAAUGGCCGAAAUAUGGCCGAACAUGUGAAAUUGGUGUGCCUACUUUGUUAAUACUCUUUUUUUUUUUACUAAUUAUGGGAUAUGACCACGGAAUUCAUUUCAAUGUCUGCAUUUAUGGAACUGAAUUAGAGGCUAAACGGUUGUCAGCGAUGCGUUUCUCAGGGCAUUCCUACUUGGAACUCAAAAAGGAGGAACACAUGAGCCAAAUCAUUGGUGAUUCCCUUAAAAUGGAAAUAAACCUAAAAAUCAACAACAGUACUGACGUACAUGUACCAUUGAAGAAUCAGUUACUGGCUUUCGCUGGCGAAAGCGGAGUCACGGGCGACUUUUUUCGACUCCUGCUCACUCAAGACAACAGCGUGCAGGUGAUGAUGAAUCUCGGCUCAGGACUGGUUUCUUUAACUCAUCCGACUCAGCUGAUAGCAGAAAGAUGGACUCGUGUUGGAGUAGUGAGACAGAAACGACAGUUGACACUGUCGAUCAACGACGCCAUUCCGAUCACCACGAUUUCGCCUGGAGAUUCCGAACAGUUGAACGUCUACAAGGGACUUUACAUUGGUGAGGGCACUGCGCGUGGUGGGACGCCAAAGGCCACACAAGACUUGGACGGUUUCCGAGGCUGUAUCGGAUUUAUCAACAUCGGCUCGAUAAGGAUUGAUCACCCAGAGGAAGUGACAUCGGCAAUCAAUAUCGAAGACUGUGAUUUGUAG